AUGUUUGCUGCGCGGUUUGAUCCUUCUGCGAGUGAUGGUGGCAGCGAUGGUGGAAGCGAUGGUGGAAGCGAUGGUGAGAGCGAUGGUGAUGAUUCAAGUGAUAAUUCCAGCGACGAGUCCAGUGACGCUUCUAGUGGCUCCGCCGAUGAUGAACAUGCUACCCACGAUCCCAACAAUGACAAUGACGUUGAAAUGAUUGACGUCCAAGAACAUAAUCCAAAGUUCUCUUCAAUCCUGUCUCGUUUCAACCAAUCCAUUCACCAGUCCCAUGAGCUUGAAAAUACUGAAGAACAAGAGGCAGAGGUUAUCCAUGAGGAGGUAGAACAGCAUGCCAUUGUGCCACUGCCUCAACCAGCAUUACCAAGGGACCAUAGACUCACAGCGGCCCAAAGGUCAAACAACUUGAACUGGCUAGCACAGCCACUUCUCAUCAAGACUACAGAGCUAAAACCGUUCGAAGAGUUUGACAUUUCACCUCAAAUCUUGAAGAAUUUACAUUCUAUGGGUUUCAACAAGGCAUUUGCGUCGCAAAUAAAGACUUUGGAACUAUUGCUGCCUGAGAUUAACAACAAGUUGAACCCUGACGCCAUUAGGGGUGAUGUGUUGGUGAAUGCAUCAACAGGUUCAGGUAAAACACUGGCGUAUACAAUCCCAGUGAUCCAGUCAUUGAUGAAUAGAGUCGUUCCAAGGGUAAGAUGUAUAAUCUUGGUGCCAACCAGACCUUUGAUUAAUCAAGUUUUCAAGACUCUGAUUGAGGUGUCCAAGGGUAUUGACCUGAAUAUUGUCACAUUGGGAAAAAGUGACGUGUCGUUACGUGAAGAAUCUCGUAAGUUGAUCCAGUAUGUCCCAGACAUCGUUGUGACUACACCUGGUAGAUUGGUGGAUCAUUUAAACAUGGAAAGUUUCAAGCUGGAUGAUCUACAGUGGUGUGUUAUCGAUGAAGCUGAUAAACUACUGAACCAGAGCUUCCAGGAUUGGUCAAAUGUGCUAAUCUCCAAAUUGCAGGAUCCAAAUGGUGGUAACUUAAGCAAGAGGUUUAAAAGGCCGUUGACAAAGAUGAUCUUCUCUGCAACACUAACCACGGAUGCUGGUAAACUAUCAGCGUUGCAAUUCAGAAGCCCACGGCUAAUCCUUGUGAACAAUGAAGACAGUAUUCUCCAAUCCGAUAAGAUCUUUACAUUGCCUUCAACACUGAAGGAGCACUACACCAAAUUCAGCUCGUCGAACGCUUCUUACAAACCACUCAUCCUUCUCAAGCUCCUUCAAUCGUUUGCAUCCAACCACACGCUGGUAUUCACCAAGUCCAACGAUGCAACUUUACGUCUCUCUACGUUGUUGAAGAAUUUGACCUCAAGCCUAUGUCCAGAGAUUGUUGUUAACAACAUCAAUUCUCAACUGAAUAGCUCCACAAGAGCUAAGUUGCUCUCACAGUUUGAACAGGGCACAAUCUCUGUUCUUGUCGCUACUGAUCUCAUCGCUAGAGGUUUGGACCUGAAGACCAUCAGAAACGUUGUGAAUUACGAUCUGCCACCUUCCUCGCGUGAAUACGUUCACAGAGUUGGAAGAACUGCAAGAGCAGGUGAUUCUGGUGAUGCCUAUACCAUCGUUGUCGGCCGUGGUGAAGGACAGUUCUUCGAACGUAUUGGACGUGAUAUCAACAGACCAACCCCGGUAGAAUCCAUCACCUUGCAAGAUAUCAGUGAAAAGGAGAAGGAAAUCUACCAAGGUGCAUUGAACGAAUUACAACAAGCGUUUAAAAGAUAG